AUGGCCGACAAAGAUCCGUCCCCCGCCGAAGUCGCGGCCGCGCGCAAGAAGGAGGCCGAGGAGCAGGCCGCCCUGCCCUACAAGUGGACGCAGACAAUCGGCGACCUGGACCUGUCCUUCAACGUCCCCGGGAACCUCAAGUCCAGAGACCUCGUCGUUGACAUCAAGAAGCAGUCGCUCACGGCGGGCGUCAAGGGACAGGAGCCCAUCAUAAGUGGCGACCUCCCACACGCCAUCCGCGUCGACGACUCUACAUGGACCCUGUCCACAAACUCAGACGGCACAAAGUCGGUCGAGAUCCACCUCGACAAGGUCAACAAGAUGGAGUGGUGGGCGCACGUCGUCACCAGCGCGCCCACCAUCGACGUCACCAAGAUCCAGCCCGAAAACUCCAAGCUCUCCGACCUCGACGGCGAGACGAGGAGCAUGGUCGAGAAGAUGAUGUACGACCAGCGGCAGAAGGAGAACGGGCUGCCCACGUCGGACGAGCAGAAGAAGGCGGACAUUCUCAAGAAGUUCCAGGAGCAGCAUCCCGAGAUGGAUUUCAGCAAGGCCAAGAUCCAGUAG